AAUGCUCAAACCCUCCCACGAGCCCACCUGACAUUUUCUCUCUAGCUUUCUCGUGAAGAAAUAAAGAUUAUACUUCGAUUUGGACUAAACCGGAGAAAGAACCAAAAUAAUGGCCGGAGGUCUCGUAAAAUGCAGCAAGAUCCGCCACAUUGUCAGUCUCAAGCAAAUGCUCCGGCGAUGGCGCAACAAAGCACGUUUAUCUUCAGUCAGCCGUUGUGUACCGUCCGAUGUUCCAUCUGGACACGUGGCGGUAUGUGUUGGUAGCAGUUGCAGGAGAUUCGUGGUGCGCGCGUCGUACCUGAACCACCCAAUCCUGAGUAAUCUGCUUGUCCAAGCCGAGGAAGAGUUCGGUUUCGCGAACCAGGGACCGUUGGUUAUCCCCUGCGAAGAAUCGGUUUUCGAGGAAGCGAUCCGGUUCAUUUCCCGGUCUGAUUCUUCCCGGUCAAGCCGGUUUACUUGUCCCGACGAUCUUCAGAAAUGCCACGGAGGAAUCAAAAGCAUGUUGAUCGAAUCUAGGCCGUUGCUUCACGCCGCCGUCGUCGAGAAAGUCGUAUGGUGAAGAGUGUUGGUUCGUACGAUUUCUGAUUCAGUUUGACUCGAAAUGAGUUGGUCGCCACGUGAAAGGAAGCAGACGAGUUUUGUAAUAAAAUCGUCAAUGACUCCGCUGAGUUACCACCGGUUCGGGUGGUGCUAAUUUUAAUCGGGAUCAGGGUUUUUUUUUUGUUUACUAAAUAUUUAUUUAUAUGGGCCGAGUUACUCACUGAGUCGAGAUGGACGAGGUUACGGAUUGAGAAGGAGAUGGCGGUUUAAAAGGUGGGGAUGAGUCGUUCCACCGAUGUCAUCCCGGGUUCGAACUCAUAUUCAAGACUGUAAAUGUAAAUAAGACAAAUAAACAUUUGGUUUAUCUGAUUUGAGUAUUUGUCAACUUUCUAUGUCAUUCCGUAAUUUUAUUACAAUCGAAUUUUGUGCUAAUUACUUUAAAAAAUCACUAUACUUCUUGGAGUAAUCGCAACGAGAUAACAUACCAUACAAACUUAAUUUGGUUUGAAUUUUAAUUUUUUAAAAAAUACAAUUUAUCAUCAAUUAAUAUAAUACAUUAAAAAUUCUUAUAACCAUAAUUUUGCACGGUUUUUUAGUUUCAAAUAUAUAAAAAGUUCAACGAGCGAUAAGUAUAUUUUAUGAAUUAAAAAUAGUGUAUCCGACCAAGGCCAUGUGAAGGAAAGACUAUUAGCCCUAUUUCGCCUGACUGUGCUCAACGUCUUCUUCUUUUGUCUUCACUUUCUCCAUCCCAGUAAAAAGUACAGUCUUUUUUUUUUGGUAGGAAGUAAAAAGUACAGUCUAUGGUACACAUAAUCAUUCACUUGAAUUUAAUUAAUGUUAAAAUGAUUUCUUAAGGAACCUCCGAAACUGUGUACUUUAGAUUGUUAAUCUAAUUGUCUCUCUCUAGAAAAUUUCCUCUACCUUCUCUCUAAGAAACUUCCCGAUAAAGAUUGCGAGUUAGGUGAUCGGCGGCGGUUAACGUCGUCGGUCACCACCAACCCUUUUGUUUUUUGUUUCUUAUGUAUAAUAUUCCGGUUUAGCGGAUCUAGUUUUCGCGGUGGCGAAGUUGUAGUAUUUUCGCGGUGGCGAUUUUGUGGUGUCUCAACCUCCGUUGAAGCAAGUCUUCAAGGUUAUCUUUGUUGUUCUUCAAUGGAGGCGUAUGUAUAUACAAUACUCCUCUUUCGCAAUUCAUACUCAGAUUCCAUUUGUCUAAGGUGGCGGCUUCUUAGCUUUCUCGGAUUUGCACUUACUCCUCUUUUAAAGGAAUCAAUCUUUGCUCACUCAAAAGUAGGGCCGAUAAAUCGGCUAGAGCAAAGUAUCCUAAUAGCAAGGAAGAAGUGAUGUUGGAUUGAUCUUGGCUGUUUCAAAUGACGAUUUAGAUGAAUCGGCAUCUUCUUUAACUGAAGGUGGUCCGAUAAAAAUCGUUUAUUGAAAUGACUGAGAAUUCUCAGUUUUAAUAUCCGAUGGUGAUGGAAGUUUCCCUGAAGAUGAUGGUUUAGGCGAAAGAGUAAAGGCAGGGGGAAUUCAUAAGCGUGCCCAGCAAUGAAGCUUGAGCAUAUCGUGUUUUUGCCGGCGGAGUUGCAUCCUGGAUCUUUUCUUUCCAUGCGGUGGCGCGUUAGGGAGCGUGUCUGCUUCAACCGCUUGAAGUCUCAUGCAAAAGAAGAAAAAGACACGUGUCUAGACUUAUCUCUUUGGAAGCUGCGUGGAAUAGUAACAAGAUCGAAGAAAACUCAUAGUUAUUAGGUUAAAUAUGGGCCUAAUAAUUUGGGCUUAUACUUUAUUCGAGUCUGUUGUUAUAUAUAAAUGGGUCGUUUGUAAUUCUCAUGUACUCUGCCCAUCUGGG